UCCUAGUCUAGUUCUCUGCCAGAGACGAGACUUCCCUCCACAAUCAAAACACAUGCACUUCAAGCCUUCAAGAAAAGAGAGCGAUGACGACUGUGCAUUCUUGGAUUUGUCUAAUAUUAUUGUGGAUUGCUGCUGAUACAAAUGGGAAAACUCCAGAUGUUCAGUUAACCUGCACGUUCUCAGAAGACUGUGUCCUACCCUGUGUCUUUGAAGCAGCUGGAGAUGAGAUCAUAUACUGGUUCAGACAAAAUGUCCCGAUCCAGAGUUAUAUACAGGGGAGUGGCCGGUUAGAUCAGGCGGAUCAGCACUACAACAGCAGGACAUCAUUGUUCACCGAACUGAUUCCCUCUGGCAAUGCAUCUCUUCAUAUCCAGAAGUGCGGCCCACAGGACAGGGGAAAGUACAGGUGCCUUGUCACCAGCAGUCGAGAAACUACUGAGCACUUCAUCAUAGUCAAGGUGGAAGCCCCUAUCCAGUCAGUGAGCUUGGAGACAACACGUCUCAGUGGUUUUGAGGAAGUCAUAUGCUCCAGUCGAGACGUCUAUCCUGCUCCCCGUGUAAACCUGUUCACAGAGCCAGCCAGUCUUCCUGAUUCCCUCCAACCCUUCACACGCAAAACGGCUGAUAAACAAGGCCUGUACUCGGUGGAGAGCAAGCUCAAGAAGCUGAAAGAUCUGACCUACAUCUGCCUUGUCCAAUCAUUCUACAGGUCUCAGACAUGGAGAGCAUCACUGCAGGAGAAAGAAAUAUUCAGCGUGGAAGGUCAGGACUUCAUCAUCCCUUGUGUGGCCCCAUGGAACCUGCAGAACUUCACACUGACAUGGUCCUUCACCAAAGAACACAAGUCAACAACUAUCUACACGUAUGACAGCCUAACACAGCAGAGCUCCAGCGUUUGGAAGAAGGUGCGACUGGUGACCCCCAGGGGUCGAGGCGGAGACGGCUCACUACAGCUACACAACCCGCUGAGUCUAAAACACACUGGAACCUACACCUGCAUCCUCGCUGCUCACCAGACCAAACAUGAGGUCCACACAAGAGUCAACAUCAGACAGACCAAAUAUGAGGUCCAUUCAAGAGUCAGCAUCACAGAGGCCCAACGUCAAGACCAUACAAGAGUCAACAUCACACUAAAGCCUGAAAAACAACAGUCCGAGAGCUCCCCCCAGUGGUGGAUUACUGCUGCUGUGAUCACAGGCAUUGCAGUCACUGCAGUCGCAGCAAUCCUAGGAAUUAUAAAAUGUAAAGCUGGCUGUACAAAAUCAAGUAAUACCCAUGCAGAGGCUACAGAGAUGCAACCAAUCAGAGUGACUGCUGCAAACAGCAGAGCUGCAUCUGAGGACGCUUGCUUAACAGAAGAGAUCGCCAACAGACCAACAUGAGAAUAGAUGGGGGUAAAGUUUGUUUAAAACAGCAUAUAUGGAGCUCGAGUUGCUACAUAUCACCUUUCAAGCCUUCUUUCAAAUCCUGAAAAGUGAUUGAUUUACUGCCAAGACCAAAGGAGAGACAAGAAGUAUUUAUUAAUUAUUAUUAUUAUUAUUAUUCAUAUAGGAAAUGUGUGUCAGUACUUACAGUAAUCAUGUUAUAAAAAUCAAUCAAGUGUUGAAUUUCUAUAAAUUUCUACUAACAUUUAUUUUAUAUAUUAUGUGUGAAUUUUUUUUAAAGUUAUAUUCGCUCAAAUAAUGUUUUGAAUUCUAUGCAUAUUAUCUGUUGAGCUCACGCAUUAAAACUAAAUGAU